GUUGGGUGGCGAUCCGAACCGUGGAGUCGCGAGCCCGUCCCGUGCCUGCCCCUUACCGUACCUCCGCCCUUCUCCCCUCGGCGUGCCUCCCCUGCACUCCCACCCGUGCUCCCGUACCCGUCCGGUCCCUACUCGGCAGGAUACGCCCCGAGCAGACAGCCAGGCCUGCCUCGGUGCUGCCACCACUCUUCCCCGACGGACGCUCCAACAAGUCCCGAAAUGAGCCAGUCGCCGCCGACACCCCCUCUGACGCCGGGAACCCCCCUAGGACACGGCACCCCCCCUGAAGACCCGGCAAGGGGGGUGCUCCCCAUCCGCCCCACGGUGCUGCCCGCCUCCCGGCCGCUGCCGAACUACGCCCUCUCGGGGGUACCCCUACCCCCGGGGUUCCCCGGACCUUUCCUCUCGGAGCUGCAGUCCUCGGGAUAUCCGCUAGGCGUCUUCACCCCGUAUUGCCUGCCGGGAUAUCCGUUCUAUCAUGUGUACUCACCCCCGCCGGAGACUGGCAUGUUCCAGUUCAGUUUCCCGCCAAUUCCAGUCAAGGACGAGAGGAAGGCCAAGUUCGAUUUCGCACAUCUUGCCACGUCAGCGACUCAGGAUGAAGCCAAAAGGGACGAUUUUCCCCGCGACACAGGAGCGCAGGGGAACGCAACGAACACUCCACAGUCUCACGCGGUGGCGAGCAUAUCUCGCGAGAUGAGAGGACGGGUUUCCGCGAGACCGAAGAAGGAGUUCAUCUGCCGGUUCUGCGGGCGGCACUUCACUAAGUCGUACAACCUGCUGAUCCACGAGCGCACCCACACGGACGAGCGGCCCUACUCCUGCGACAUCUGCCACAAGGCUUUCCGGAGGCAGGACCAUCUCAGGGACCACAAGUACAUCCAUUCCAAGGAGAAGCCGUUUAAGUGCAGUGAGUGCGGGAAGGGUUUCUGCCAGUCCCGAACUCUGGCCGUGCACAGGACGCUCCACCUGCAGGAGUCCCCACACAAGUGCCCCACCUGCGGCCGCACCUUCAACCAGCGCAGCAACCUGAAGACUCACCUGCUGACGCACACGGACAUCAAGCCGUACCAGUGCGCCAACUGCGGCAAGGUGUUCCGCCGGAACUGCGACCUGCGCAGACACAGCCUCACGCACUGCUCCGUGCAGGAGCUCGUCAGCAUGAAAUGAUGACUCAUCAGCAUUAAAUUAUGACGUAGCGAGUCAGCAUGAAAGGAUGACGUAGGAAGUCAGCAUGAACACACGUGAUCACAUGGGCACCUGACGUCAGUAACGGGUCAAAUGUGAAUGUAAGGUCGCACUGAAGCUACAGACACUACUGACGUCAUAGGAGCGUAUGGUCAGGUGUAUGUCGCAGAGUGGUUGGAAAAUCGACAUUCCGAUGUUCUUUUUAAAUUUUGUAAAAAUAUUGCUUUCUAAAGACGAAUUAUUUUCACGAAUCACAAGAUGAUUUUGAACUCUAUGAAAGAUUUAUUUUUGUUCUAAGGGUUAUCGUCUGAGAAUGACGCCAGUAAAAAGGACUUUAUCAUUGCUGAAGAUGUUAGCCACAUUUAAGUUGUAGCUGUAGUUUCUUCUCCGUCCAGGUUUUAUAGAGACAUGCAGUUUAUGUCUUAUAGCUAUCCUAACAUUUGUAUAUACUGAAUAAUUGUUGCACGUUAUCCAAACUAUACAAGUACACUUUUGCACUGUUCAUUCUGUUUGAGUCAACGCAUGUUCUCGUUACCAAAGCUCCACGUUGAAAAUACAAACUCUCGUUCCCAA